CCACCUCGGAGUGGCUGCGCUUCUUCGAGGACGCCGGGAUCCCGCCGGGCCCCGCCCUGGGCUACGCCGUGGCCUUCGUGGACAACAGGAUCCACAAGAACAUGCUGCUGGACCUGACCAAGGAGCUGAUGAAGGAGCUGGGCAUCACCGUGGUGGGCGACGUCAUCGCCAUCCUGCGCCACGCCAAGGUGGUCCACAGGCAGGAAAUGUGCCGGGCGGCCUCGGAGUCGCUGCAGCCCGAGGCUGCGGGGGGAUCCCGGCGGGAUCGUGAUCGGGAUCAGCGGGAUCACAGCCGGGAUCACGGCCGGGAUCCCUGCGGGGCCGCCGGGAGGAUGAUCACCAACAGCCUGAGCCGGGAUCCCGCCCCCCGUGCCCCCCGCAACCCCCCCGGCGCCGGGAUCUCCGUCACCGUCCCCAACGGCGCCGGUAAGGACGGGCUGGGGGAUCCCUCAGGGAUCCGCUGUGGGGCUGGGGAGCCCGGGGGGAGAUCAAGUGAUCCAGAGGGACGGGAGGCGGCGCCGCCGCCCAAGCGGCGCCGGGUGACGGCCGAGGCCGAGGGCAAGUACGUGAUCUCGCUGCCCAAGGGCACCACGGCCCGCAGCCGCCGGAUCCUGCGCCUGCCGGCGGCACCAGGUCUGGGCCGGCCGUCGGUGUUCGAGCGCCUCGGGGCCGAGGCCAAAGCGGCCGCAGCCGCCGGGGGGAAGCCCUCGGGGGUCUUCAGCCGCCUGGGCGCCGCCCCGGACGGCCCCGACCCCGCCGACCCCGCCCAUCCCGCCGGCGAUCCGGCGGAUCCCGAGGCGCUGCCGUACGCCGGCGUGCUGAAGAAGCGCCGGGAAUGUUCCGGAACGUCGGCGUCGGCGGCGCAGGACGGGGCCGUGUCCAGCUCGGGGGGCGCCUGGGGCUGCGGCCACGUCAGCUCCAGCAGCGGCUCCGGCGGCGGCGCCCGCAGCGUCUUCCGCAGGCUGGGCCGCAAACCCGAUUGA